CUUUUCCCUUCACAAAAAAAAGCUUAUCAUCACGUGUCACCCCACCAAAUACAAUUUUCAAAUAAACAACCUCCCUUCUUGCCCCUCCAACCACCCCCUCUUCUCUCCGCCCUCCACCAGAUCCCCCAUACUCCAGCUUCAUACUUCCCAGUCCGAAGAUCAGUCAAGAUGCCUAUCUCCAAGAAAGCCAGAGUCCAGCGCGAGCACAAGAAGGCCGACGCAGCCGGUACCCGCGCCCCAGUCAAGGCCAACGGUCUCCCCGUCAAGGCGCCCAAGGCUACCUCCAUCUGCGCAAACUGCCGCAAGGAGAUCGUCAGCUCGAAUAAGACCCAGCUGCAGGUGCAUGCCGAGACGCAUGACCAGAAGCUGUGGCCGAAGGAGAAGUGCUGGCCUAAUGAUUUCCCGGCUGCUGCUUAAGUGAGUCGGGUGCAAGGUGGCGAGGGUGAAUGAAGGGAGGGAGUGGGGUGAAGGGUAUGGUCAAUGUCUGGGAUAGAUGGUGUUUGCUGGUCUUGCUUGGGGAGAGGCUGGCUGGCGUCUUUAAUGACUACUGAUAUGAAGUUUUAUUGUGGGAUGGCUGCUGGGGUUUUGUGCUUGUGGUUUGAUGUGAUCUUGUAGUUGUUCAGGUGCAUGUGGGAGAGAUUUGAUUGCGUGUAUAUGCUCGAACUCGAUACAGUUUGGCACGGCACAUCAUUGUUAGCCAUCUAUCUGGGAAUAGGCGCAAAUAUGGCAUUAUUCCAAAAACGAAAUAACAAUCCCCUCCCUUUCUCCGCCCAAAAACACAAACACAACACCCAUCGAG